AAGCCGUCACAUGUUAAGUCUCCUGUCACCAGCAAACAUGUUCGUUUUUACUUUGCUGGCAAUGUUUUCUGUUGCAUGGACUUUUAAAACUUUUGACGUGGCAACAUUUAACGAAGAUAAAAUCACGGCUGUGGAGGACACCGUUCAUAGACUCGUGGCUAGGGUGAAGGCACUGGAGGCACUGGAGGCGUACAUCAAUAUAUCAGGUAAAGCAGAAGCCUCGAUGACCUCUCUGGCUGAACGGGUGAACGCACUGGAACUGGAAGUCCAAAAUAUGCGCAGCAUGGAAACUGUGCGGGGCAACAGGUCUUCUACAAAGGACACACUGGGAGCAGCUGUCACGAAACCACAUUCCUUCAAAUACGUUGGGUGUUACAGAGACUCCUGGGUUCGUGCACUACAUUUCCUCUGUCCCACAACACACCUGACAACAGAGAAAUGCCGGAUGUGUUGUCUUGAUCGUAGCUUUUCCUAUUUCGGAACUGAGGUUGGACUACAAUGCUUUUGUGGUGAUGACAUCCACAGCGGACACAGGAAAGUGGAUGACGCAGAGUGCGCUUCUCCAUGUGCUGGCGACGUACAAGAUCGAUGUGGAGGAAACUGGGCAAUAUCCAUCUAUCAGAUGUAAACAUGCCUAAAACUGAUAUAUAAUCCAACUGAACAAAACGUCUACUCAUAGGGCUUUUCAUAUUCCUCUCACUAUCUUUACAAUUGGAAGGAAUAACUUGACACUAUACUUAUACGUUUCUGAAAAUAUAUUGGUUUUUAUUUCAUG